AUGUCUCCCCAACAUUCACAAAUCUCGGUCUCGAGCUCCUCAGACUCGGCGCACGACUCGUCGAGUCUAUUUUCUCCCCGCGCAUCUACGGCCUCUGUCUCGUCUCCAGACUCUUGUCUCGAGGGCUCCUUUUCAGCUAGGCAAUUUGACCACCAGUCAGGGUUCACAGAAUCUGUUUUGACUCUCCUCGAACAGUGGCAUCAAUCCACGUCUUCCGACACAGAAUAUACCUUCACCGAAGUACCUCUACACUGGGGCGGAGCAGUGUACGACGCGGUUGACGAGAAGUGGCGAUUACGCCUAUAUCCCUCCAUCGCCUUCGAAGUGGGUUGGUCUGAGUCGGAGGAGGAACUAGCUGCGGACGCUGAACUCCUUUUACGAGGGAGUGGUGGCUUGACCCAUAUGGUCGUCACGGUGAAAUGGACUGCCUCCUUAGACACUCGCACAGUGACAGGGACACUCCAAGUAUGGAGGCUCAGUCAGCGGGAACAACCAUUCAUUUCCCAUUCCCAGACCAUAUUCCCUGCUUCCAGCCCGCCGCAACCCCAGUACCUGGAAUUCACCCUGGCCGAUGUGUUCUUGUCGGCAGUACCGCAAGGUCGGAGUCCGACCGAUGUCCUUCGCUGUGAUAUCAAUUUGCUCCGGCGGUACGCUACUGAGGCUUUCCAGAAGAUGAACUUCCGGCCGGCAUAA